AUUGUUAUGGUAUUUUUACUUUUUAAAGCUAGUUUUCCUAUAUUUAAAAAAAAUAAAUACAGCUGUUUAUUUACAUACAAAGAUUUACUUUUAUUUUUCUUAAUAAAAUAAUUACUUCUUGUUUUAGCACAAAUUACGUUAUGAUUUUUUGUUAAACUUUAAUUUUUGUGAAAAAUAACAAAAAAAUUUAUACGUUUUACUUCUUGCUUUUUUUUUUUAAUGGAAACCAGUAAAAACCAUCAACAUCAACUCACAUGUACAGUUCUCGAACGAAUUUAUUUUGAUUUUCUGAAAACGUAAAUGACUGUAAAUUCGUUUCUUUAUAUAUUCAUAAAAAGCAGACUUCAAAAAAAAUAAUUGAACUGGUAAUUUUUCUUGAUAUUUUAAAGAUUGUUAUAUAGUUUGUCAGUUUUUUGUAUGGACAAUUUAUGUGUAAAAAGGGUAUAUUUUUAAUGCAUUUCUAUUUUUGGAAGCAUUUUUCAUAGUAACAUUUUUGUCUCUCUCUCUCUUUUUUUUUUUUAAAUAAAGUGUCUCAGUAAAAAUGAUAUUUUUUUUAAAAAAUACGUACUAUAAAAAUAAUGCGGAAAACAGUUUCCUCUAAAAGGUAAAAUAAAAUAAAUUAUACUAUAUUUGAACAGGUGAUUAAUUUUUUAACACCCCAACGCCCUUUUACCUUUUCCUAGCUGCACUGCAAUCACCAAGGCUAUUUUGGUAAUUUCAAAGCAAGAAGGUCGGUUAUCUUUUUUAAUGCAAUUACAUUCAUACCCUUUGACACGCGCUUGUAUUACAUCCCACGUGCCAAGGCGCGUGGCAAAUCAUAUUUUUAACCAGUCCACGUCAUUAUAUGUGAUUGAGAGUGGAACUGGUGUGAGGGCCCCACUCUGUCAAACAUAAAAAGAAAGCUAAAUUAAAGCGCUUAAAACUCACGAUAUUUUGAUCAAGGGUUGAGAUAUCGCCACGCGGCAAACAGAUGGGAUCUGAGCCGUGGAUUACAGGUGUGACGGGCAGGGUGCCCAGACAGCAAGUAAAACGAGAUUGUCCGUUGGAUCAGCGGUCAGAAAGCAAUCCACGGCGGAUAAACUGCCCGUCGUUACGCCGGUCAGAUCUUAUCGCCUUUAAGAACCAACCCCAACCCCUUCAAUCUUCGCUCAGUCUCAAACCCUAGAAGGUCAUCACCUCCAUAAAUAUAUAUACGAAUUAUUAUAUAUAUCUUUUUUCGUCUUUUCUCCGGUCGUUAAUAGUAGAUCGCCGGCCGCCGGCGUUAUAUUGUGUACAUCGUCGCCGGUUCGUUUUCUGUGUGGGGACUGAUACAUGUUUUCGUUCACGCCUGUCUGGCUUUCAAAUCGAGAUAGAUCCGGAUCUCGACGGGGCAAAUACGUUGCCGUCGUUGUCGGUUCAUGGCGUCGACGGUGUUAGCGAGUAGGAAUCAGACGAGCUACGGACAUCAAUCAUUCAUGGGGGAAAUCCCUAAUUAUUCCAAUAAUAAUCCUCGUCAUCUGAACCCUAACCUUAACCCUAACCCUAACCAAAAACCCAAAUCAAACAAGAAGAAGCAUUUCCCCAACGCCGCUAUUAACGGCAGGCCACACAACCACAAUUCUCAUCCUGUUGAUUCUUGCGCGGUGGUUGUGAGUCAAGCUGCGUCGGAUGACGCGUAUUCGUUCAACCAAAGGCCGAUUGAGACCAGCGGGGGUGCCGGAUAUGGAAAUAGUUUCAACCAUGGGGGAUAUGUAAGCUACAACGUUUCUGCGUGUUCUAAAAGCGAAAUUAAUGAGCUACGGAAGAAAUUGGUUGCGGAUCUUGAGAGAAUCCGGAACCUAAAUGAUCGGAUUCACGCUGGCGAUUUAAACCCUAGAUCAACCAACGGAAAAUUCAAGAAACUGUCGGGUAAUAAACGGCAGCCAUCUACGAUGCCGUUUGGAUCUAGCAACAAAGAGCCGAAACAUUUCCGUCAGGGUUUGGUAAACGGCAGUGCAGGAGGAGGUGAAGCGGACGAGAAUUUGUUAAAGAUGUGCAGACAGGUUUUGACGAAGUUGAUGAAGCACAAGCUUAGCUGGGUCUUCAACAAACCGGUGGACGCUGCUGCUCUAGGGCUUCACGAUUAUCAUCAAAUUAUCAAGCGUCCGAUGGAUUUAGGCACGGUUAAAUCGAAUUUGUCAAGGGGUUUAUACGCAUCUCCGUUGGAUUUCGCCUCUGAUGUGAGACUGGUCUUCGAAAACGCGAUGCUUUAUAACCCUAGAACAGAUGAAGUUCACGGAAUGGCGGAUCAACUGCUCACGCAUUUUGAAGAAUUAUUUAGACCAAUCCAGGCGAAAUUGGCAACCCAACACGUUGUGAAUGAGUUUUCAGCCGUUGACGAUAUAGAUGGUAGUUCUUGGGACGACAUUCAAACCCCUGAAAGAUCAAAGAAGAUGAAAACCGCAGCUCCAGUCGCUCCUUCCAUUUCAAACAAACAAAACCACUCAACCGCUUCAAACCCAAUAAUCCCACCCGCUGUCCAGUCUCCCGUACGUUCUCCAUCUCCAUUGCCAAUGCAGCCUGUAGAACCAGUGAAACCGUUAUCCACAUCAACAAGAUCAGCCAUCGGAAAGCUACCAAAGCCCAGAGCUAAAGAUCCAAAUAAACGAGAAAUGAACAUGGAAGAGAAGCAGAAACUAGGGUUAGGUUUGCAAAGUAUGCCUCAAGAAAAGAUGCCACAGCUAGUCCAGAUUAUUCGAAAAAGAAACGAUCAUUUAGCACACGAAGGUGAUGAAAUCGAGCUAGACAUUGAAGCUCUCGACACAGAAACACUUUGGGAGCUUGAUCGGUUCGUGACAAACUGGAAGAAACUCGUGAGCAAGACAAAGAGACAAGCUUUGUUGGUGAACAACACAUCAGCGGCAGGAGCUAGCGUCUCAGCUGACAUUGACGAUGCUCCAGUAAUGGAGAAAAUUGAUGGAAUGAAGAAGAGCAAGAAGGAAGCUGGAGAAGAGGAUGUUGAUAUAGGUGAUGAGAUGCCGGAGAGCAGUUUCCCACAUGUGGAGAUUGAAAAAGACGAUGGUGGUGGACAAGGUCAAGGUACAGGAGGAGGUGGACAUGGGAAUAAUGAGAAUGGAAGUAGCAGUUCGAGUAGUUCAAGCAGCUCAAGUAGUGAUUCAUCUUCCUCUAGUGAUUCAGACUCAGGGAGUUCUUCUGGGAGUGAUUCGGAUGCAGAUGAUGCACAAUCUUGACAUGAAAACGAUGAAAUGAAUGUACAUGUGAUUUGAAUCAAGAAAACCGCGAUUGCAGAAUCAUCUUUUAAUCAAAGGGAAUGGAAUGGAAAGGGAAAGUCUUGAGAGAUAUUGAGAAGUGAAAAAGCUCGGAUGGAUGUAAUUAGCGAGAGAAGACCCGUUGUAAUUGGGUUGAUUUUUUAGGUAUGAAGGUGAAAUUUAGAUCCUUUUGUUAAUGGUUUUUGAGGGUGUUUUCUGACAUUUUAUAUAAAUAGGGAGGUGAAAAACUGAAAAUGGAGGUGAAGGUAGAAGAAGAGGAAGAAGAAGAAAAGGAAAGGAAGAUAGUUAUAAGUUGAGUUGAGGGAGAGGGAUAUGAUAUGAGAUAAGAGAUAUGAUGAUGGUCUUGUGUGUACAUAUGACCAAAACAAGGCAAAAAUUAGUGUAGUAAAUCCAUGAAUGAUUUUAUUGGAAAAUUCUAAUUGUUGUUCAAUGUUUAUAUUGUUGUUAAAUGUCUACUUCUAUUUGCUAAAAAGUAAAAUGGAAAUGAAGUGUUUUGAUUUUUUUGAUGAA